AUGAUGUUCAACCCCACCACCAUCUUCACCGCCAUCCUCGGCGCCACAUUCCUCGUCGCUCCGGCCAUCGCCGCGCCGGCGGAGGAGGUCGCUGCCCCUCUCGCAAAGAGAGUCUGGCUCAGCAACAUCGACGUCCAGGCUGCCUGCAAGGAGCAGUACACCAACCAGUACGUCGCCAUUGACAACGGCAACGGGUGCGGUGCCUGGCAGUGCGUGAUCAACAACAACCGAUACAGCGUCAACAUGGACAGCUACUGCGUCCGCCACCACGGUGGUGAGGCCUAUGCCAGCUGCGGCGGUGGCACCAAGUGGGACUGGCAGUGCCAUGACCGCUCUUGA